UGCUCACAGACAAGAGUUCAAAGCCACGGACAUGAGAUGCUGGGUGUAGUUCUGGGGGAAGGCUGCGAAACACACACUGAAUGGUGUUUUCGCUUUUCUUCUUUUUCCCUGAAAGUGAAAAUCCUCUUUCUUCGGAUUUCUUUUGGUUAGCGAAAUCAGAUAUUAGUGUGGGUUUUUUGUAAAAGUGAAGUGAUGGAACACACAUUUUCAGUAAGCAGGGGGAUAGCUGUAAUACUCCUUGAGAAUACCCUUCUGAGGCUUUUUCAGCAUAGUUUUGGCAAGCAUCUUUGUCAGACUGACCUGGGCUGUGAUAAGAGUCCGUAUGUUAGGUUUAGGUUGCAAAAUGCAUUUUGUCUUGAGAAUUUCAUUACCGGCAGAAAUAAGCAGGUUCAUUAAAAUGCUCCUUUUCCGAUGGAGUUUAUAAUGUGCAGUUACCUCGGUGUCCCAGCUGGAAUCAGUACUGUUGUCCUAACGCUGAAUGUGUUUGUUCUAUGAUUUGUAGUUAAUCCUUUGAGGUUCUGUUUGGUCUGCGAUGUAUACAGAUGUAUACAUCUGCACAGUACUGUUAUGUCACCAGUAGGUGGUAGUCCCCUCUCAACAUGCUUUUUCUUCCCAUAUCAUCCUACUUAAUUAUAAUGAAUUUUUAACUCUAAAGUAGGAUGUUUUCUUGUGUCUGAAUUGUCCUGAGUCUAAAGCUGAGUUGAAGUAAUUGUCUGAAUAUGUAUUUUUUUUAAUGUUUAUUCAUUUUUGAGAGAGAGAGAGUGAGCAAGCAGGGGAGGAGCAGAGACAGGGAGGGAGACACAGGAUCCCAAGCUGGCUCCAUGCUGUCAGUGCAGAGCCGAAAUCAGGAGUCCGAUGCUUAGCCUACUGAGCCACCCAGGCAUCCCUAAAUAUAUUUCUUUAACCAUUAUUUUCAUCUAUAGCUAGAUAAACCCCAACUAAAGACAUUGAUUUAUUCACCUUUAAUAAACAUGCAAGGUGUUAGUGCUGUGUUGGGACAGGAUAUGGUCCUUAGCUCCCUAGAGCUUGCAUUCUGGUGCUGUUCAGAAAACAGGCCGUCACAGUACUGGGAUAAGUGCCAUGAGCAGAGGGGGUAACAUGUUCUGUGGGGAGGUAGCCAGAGCUUCUAGACUUGUCUGAGGGAGUAAUGAAAGUUUGCUUGGAAGAAUAAAUAACUCAAAGGAGUAGGCCACAUGAAGAGAAGAAAAGGAGUGUCUUCUGGCAGAGGGAAUGGCAUGUGUGAAAGCCUGAAGUUGAUUAUGGAAGAUUCCCACAAGAGUAACACUUCAGAGACAGCACCGCAACCGGGUUCUGCAGUUCAGGGAGCUCAUAUUUCUCAUAUUGCUCAACAGAUGGCAUUAAGAGGAUCUGCGCCAGUGACAAUUAUACCUCUUCCUGGAGAGCAAGUACAGGUUCAGGGGGUCAUCCAGACAGCUCAGUCUUCUGUAAUUCACCCACCACACGUGCAAACGGUGUCAUCUUUAUCAGAAAGUGAGGAGUCUCAGGACUCAUCAGACAGUAUAGGCUCUUCACAGAAAGCCCACGGGAUCCUAGCACGGCGCCCAUCUUAUAGAAAAAUUUUGAAAGAUCUAUCCUCUGAAGAUACACGGGGCAGAAAAGGAGACGGAGAAAACCCUGGAGUUUCUGCUGUCACUUCUAUGUCUGUUCCAACUCCCAUCUAUCAAACUAGCAGUGGACAGUACACUGCAUCAGGAGAUAUGCAGACGUAUCAGAUCCGUACCACACCUUCAGCUACUUCGCUGCCACAGACUGUGGUGAUGACAUCUCCUGUGACUCUUACAUCUCAGACAUCUAAGACAGAUGACCCCCAACUGAAGAGAGAAAUAAGGUUGAUGAAAAACAGAGAAGCUGCUCGAGAAUGUCGCAGAAAGAAGAAAGAAUAUGUGAAAUGCCUGGAAAAUCGAGUUGCAGUCUUGGAAAAUCAAAAUAAAACUCUAAUAGAAGAGUUAAAAACUUUGAAGGAUCUUUAUUCUCAUAAAAGUGUUUGAUUAAGAAAGAAAAUAUUUUUGCAGACUUGCCUAAAAAUUAGAUGGAUUUCUUUUCUUUUUAGUGGAGUUUUAUAAAUUAAAAGGUCAAAAAUGAAGCUUUUUAUUUAGGCUUUUGCAACUCAAAGAUAAUCUUAUGCAAGAGAUCUGGUGACAGAAGAUAAAGUGGAAAAUGACCUCAAGGAAGUCACUAGCACAGGUGGAAGCCCUGGAAAAAUGAAACCCACUCAAGAAGAGGGAAGUGAGCUCUCACACCAAUUUGAAUUUCCUAAAUGACAAUAACCCAAAAAUGCCAGAGAAGAUGAAAUUUGGUAAAUUAGUUUUAAAAUCAGUUUACCCUGUAGGUUUGCAUUUCUUACUGUUUCCUAAAAUUUACCUUUUUCACUUUGUGUGCGCGCGCGAGUGUUUUAUUUCUGCCAAUAAAUUUUAAAUUACAAAUAGAAAAGCUAAUACAUAACUAAAUAUAUAAAUUAUGUGUUCUAAUUACGUAUACUUGUUCUAUCGUCAGAUCGUUGAAAUGGGUUUUUUAAAGUUUGUUUCUUGGACUUGAGAGGGGUUUUGAGACUUGGGUUUAACUGUUUUUGAGGCUUUGUCCUCAAAGGCAUUUAAGGUACAUGAAUGGAGUAUGGUGAUUUUGUAACAUUUUUUAUCAGGAUGGAAAGAGAACUUCUGUUUAAAAGUUUGAUACUUUUAAAUAGUUUGUUUUUUGGUUACUCUGGGAAUGGAGAUUUUCUACAAAUAUAUAAUAAAUUGUUUUUUGAUUCUA